AGGCUGUGACAAGCAGCAGUUCAGGAACACCAUGCUUUAAAUUGGAGUAUGUUUUUCUCCCUGCCCUCUUGUCCUCCUCCCUCCCUCCCUCUGGUAGUUAAACAAGUUUCACCUGCAUUACAUGUACACUUGCCAAAAGGGGAGAGAAGCAUAGCUAGGAAUCAGCCACAAAGACUUUUCUUUUGGGAGGACAACUGAAUAUUUAUUUUUCCAUCCUGUAUUUUUUUUGGAGCCUAUAACAAAAAGCCUUGAUUUCUUCUGCAAUUUAUUAGCUAUUAUUUGCUGUGAAGUUUUCUUUUUCUCUUCCAAAAAUUAAACCUAGUGAUCUUUUAAUUUAACACUCAUAUCUUCAUAUCUACCUAAUACAGCCAGUGAAAGGAUUGCGCAGAAGUUGGUGUUACAGGAUUAUGCAGAAGUCGGUGCCAAACACUUCUGGCCUAUAAAAAUUUAAUGCAAUGCCAGCUGGCCCGCAUGGAUAAAUUGGGCUAUGAUGUUAUUUCCCACUGGUUUUUUUCAGUGAAACUUGAACAUGCUCUGACAUGAAAUCUGCAUCACUGAAAUAGAUUGUCACACUCGUCGUCUGGAUUUAUUUUGGAAGUGCUGAUACGACUCCUGAAGGCUGAUAGUCGGGUUUGUGGUUAGAUGAAGUUACCUGGUCGUGCUAUUUUGGAAGUCGAGUUUUAGUCGCUUUUAUUGCUUGGUUAUAUUUGCAAAAGACACUUUGUUUAAAGAUGUUUUCGUGUGGCAGUCAUACUGAGAGUUUAGUCUGGCAGAAGUUGCUCGGUGUCGGGCUGCUUGUGCUCGCAGCGCUGACAGUGAGGUGUGAAGGGGGAAAGAUGCCACUCGAGGACACAUUCAGACUUGGCUACAGACUGACGGAUGUGGCCGAGAAUCUGCGCCUCCAUGUAGACUCUGUAGUUGGAGCCCACACAACCAAGAAGUGUUUGACGUUCUUGGACAUGGCGCUGCAGUUUGUAGCAGAAGGUGCUGCCGGCGGCCUCAAUGUCAUCGCUGUGUAUGUGGCUGAGAUUCUGCGCGCCACUGGAGUAGGCGAUCCUGGGUACAUCCCUCACUUCAGCCCUGAGGGCAUGGCCUUUGCAGCGAAGUGGCUAUUACUGGCGAUGAUUAGUUACUGGCUGCUGUGUGCCGUGUUGCGUUUAUCUGUAGCAUUGCUAAGGCGGGGAUUCUGGAUGCUGAAGGUCAUCGUGGUCAUGUGGAUCUUCAGUCGGAUCGUCAGUGAUCCAAAAGCCUCCUCUGACACCAUGAUUGCACGUUUGUUCAUGCUGGUGUUGUUUGCUGCUGUGUGGAGUGUAGCCACCGGGGGGAAGAGCAGGACAGACCUGAGCAGCCUGGAGAGUCGACUGGCAAAUCUGGAGACCAGAGUGGCAGUGAUGGAGAAGAGUAAAACGGAGUGAUGAGAGACUAAAUAAAGGGAUGUGUUUAGAGGGUAUGGAGAGAGAUGGAAGAAAGGAGGAGGAGAAGGAUAGAGAAUUAAAUAGACAUUAUAGAUUACAUACUGCAAUAUAUAGCUUUUUGGGGUUACUUUUUAAAAUCUAUUUCAUUUUUUUCUUUUUUCAACUUGCAAGGUUUUAAAAUUUUUUUCAAGAAUUUUGAAGUCACAAUGUACAAUGAAACACUUCACAGACACAAACUCUUCACAGGUUUGCAUAUACAAGUGCCUAAAAUGGACUCCAUCUUCUGAAUGUGGUGUUUAAUCACUAAAAGCUAAGUUACUCAGCUUAGUGGAAAGACAAUGUGAUUUCUACAUUGAUCAUGGAUCUAAGAGAAGCUGUGAUGUCAUUGUUAAGUUCACUGUGAUUAUAGUGGAAUGGAAAAACCCAUAAUAAACCAGAAUAAAUCAC